AGGCGUAGAGCUCGGCAGUGACGGAACAAUCGGGGCGACGUCAGGUGAGGAACGGGAGGCGGGGGUGCCGGACCCAUCCUUCCAAAACCCCAACUAUUCCCAUCCCCAACAUAUUGCCCACCCCGAAUCGUGAACUCCUCCCCCAUAUAUCGCUAGUCUCCAUCACAUGAGGAGGAGGAGCGGGCACAACUUCAAAGUAACCAAAGUAUGCUUGGUAGAACAGCUUAACCUGAUCCCAGAAAGAAGCCAAGCCAUUCAAAUCAAAUUCAAACAUCCUUGUCAGCUCUACUUGAGUUGGGAAAGUAUAUCUUGGGUUGGUUUGCUCCAAAUUGACAGCCUUUCUGAAGCCAUCAGAGAUAGAGGAAAAGAUGGAAAAUCUUCAACUGGGCUCUGAGGUUACUGAUACCAUAACAUUCAACAUUGGUGAGGAGAUUAAUAAUGAAGAGAAUGUGAACACAGUGCUGCAAGAAUCUCAAACUCAGCAGCAGCAAUUGCUUUUUGGAACAGAAAACAUUGACCUAGGUGCAGAUGAAUUCAUUUCUGAGACUACAGAUAAAAUAUCUGAUACGUGUCCAAUGAAUCUCAUGGAUAAACUUAAUGAUCAGAUGAUGGAGAGUGUAAUAAUAUCUGAUUCGCCUAGUAAUAGUGAGGGUGAUGCAGGAGAUCUAGCAAUCCUGCAUGACUGUGAAGAGGCUUUAGAGAUUGGGUGUGGUGAUGUCCAGGCAGUUGAUUCCAAGAAUAAGGAUUAUAAAGAGACUUCUUCUGAAGACAGUGAACCUACAGAUUCUGUAGUACACGAUAAUGAUGAGAGGACUCUAACACAAGAUGUGAUGUCUGUCCCACAAAAUCUGGAACUAGCAGUCGGGUCAGAAGAAGAGCAUCAAGUAACAAAUGAGAGUCUUGAAAAUGGGUCAAAAGGCCAGGUUGAUUCAGAAUUUCAGGAGAAGCAGACCCUGAUACCAGUUACCACUCAAUUAUCCAAGGAUGACCAUCUGCCUGUGUGCACCAUUUUCAGCCAGGACAAUCAGUCUAAGGCCCAGGUUCAUACUCCUUUGAAAGCAGAUGGUUAUGAACCUCAGAUGGUGAAAUCUCCUAGCUUUGGGACAAUUAUUGACACUCCUAGUAAGCCUGCAUUAUUUGGGGUUCACCCUAGUCCUAGUCUAAGCAAAUUUUUCACAGAUGAUGCCAGUUCAAGUUCAUCAGCAGCAGAAUUUUUUGACUCCUUUACAUCAACCUCUUUCAUUUCUGUUAGUAAUCCAAAUGCUAGUGCUUCAGUACCUGAUAGAUUGUCAUCACUUUCUUCCACGGGGAUAGCCAGUCCACAUAAUGGCACAAACCAAUCUUUUAUCAUAGGAAAUGAUGUCACACCUUCAUCAGCAUCAUCUACUGAAAUAUCUUUGUCACCUAAACCCUUUUCCCAGCUCCAAGCAGCAUUUGCAGGAAGCGAUGAUCCCUUUGCAACAGCAUUGAACAUGAGCGAGAUAGACAGGCGGUAUGAUGCUUGGCUUCCAUCUGAGGAGACUAGGAAGAUUCUCAUUUCUGUAGCUACUCAGCAGUACAGCGCAGUAUUUAUAGAAAAGGAGAAGUUGACCAUGCCAGGCCUGAAGUUCGACAAUGUGCAAGGUGAUGCCGUCAGGGAAGUAAUGCUGCGGUUUUUGGGCGAGCAGGCUGCAAUGAAGAGACAAGCUUUGACUGCAAAUGCUGUGGAGCAGUCCUUUGUGGGACUCAAGCAAUUAAUAAAUACUAAGAACUGGAGAGCUGCCGUUGAUCUCUGUGGCAGACUACUCACAGCACAUGGUCAAGGCUAUGGAAAAAGUGGUCAGCCAACUAACCACACUACAGAUUCUGUGCAGCUGUGGUUUGUGCGACUAGCCUUGUUGAUGAAGCUGAGUUUGUUCCAAAAUGCCGAAAUGGAAUUUGAGCCUUUCGGGAGUCUCGACCAGCCAGACCUGUACUACGAGUACUAUCCUCAUGUGUACCCAGGACGCAGAGGGUCCAUGAUACCAUUUUCUAUGAGGGUCCUUCACGCAGAACUUCCACAGUAUUUGGGGAAACCACAAGAAUCAUUGGACAGGCUGCAUUCCAUGAAAGUAACUUGUCUAAAGGUUAUUGAUAACCUGGAAAAUGGACUAGCUGAAGAUGGAAGUAUGAUCAGCGUAGCCCCUGAGAACAGACAAGCUUCUAUGCAGUUGUGGAGGUCACGUCUGGGGCGUGUGAUGUACUCCAUGGCAAACUGCCUGCUGAUGAUGAAGGACUACGUACUUGCGAUUAACAUGUACCACUCAGUCAUCCAAUACCAACCGGAACAAGAGCCUCAGCUUCUAAGUGGCAUAGGAAGACUACUUUUGCAGAUUGGUGACAUCAAAACAGCUGAGAAAUAUUUUCAAGAAGUUGAGAAAGUAUCUCCAAGGUUAGGAAAUGAAUUGCAGCAGAAUAUAAUCAUUCAAAUGAACAGAGCAUUCCUCCAUCUUGGUCAGAAUAACUUUGCUGAAGCCCAUAAAUUCUUCACUGAAGUUACCAAAUUAGACCCAAGCAAUCCAGUGGCGAAUAAUAAUGCAGCUGUAUGUUUGCUGUACUUGGGAAAACUGAAGGACUCCCUCAGGCAGCUGGAAGGACUUGUACAGCAGGAUCCCAAACACUACCUGCAUGAAAGUGUUCUUUUUAAUCUGACCACUAUGUAUGAGCUUGAAUCCUCUCGUAGUAUGCAGAAAAAGCAGAGCUUGCUGGAGUCGGUGGCCUGUCGUGAAGGAGACAGCUUUAAUAUUCAGUGUCUAAAGCUACUGUGAAACUGCACAUUUUGUCCAGUUUGUAAUUAGCCAUUGUAACUUUAAAGAUGUAAAUGUGUAAAUAUUUUAAUAUUUUAACUACAACUGAUACUGUCUGUAUUCCAUGUAAACGAUCUGGAAGUGGAGUAUCUUGCAACAACAGCUUCUGUUUUGGUAGCAAUAAGAGAACAGAUUCAGAUUUCAAUUCCCCGCUCAAUUUUGUAUUUUUUUUUUGCUCCUUCUGCUGGUCCUUUCACCAUACAUCCUGACCAGGGCUGCUCUGAAUUGGUUGUUAGGAGAAUGAGAAGAAUGCUGUGUAAUUUUAAAUAAACACAAAUAUGAAAAUCA